AUGAAGAUUUCAUUAUCGCUGGCUGCCCUCGCGGUGGCUGGGACUGUUUCCGCCGACGAUUACCUCUACAGCAGGCGUCUGGCCAAGCGCUUUGUGGACAACGACGGCAAUUAUAACGUUUCAUUCUUCCAUGUCAACGAUAUCCACGCACACCUGGACGAGUUCUCCUCCUCAGGCACAGAAUGCGAGGAUCCAGAGCAGGGCUGCUACGGCGGCUACGCGCGAAUCAAGACCAAAGUCAACGAGCUGCGCAAGGAGUACCCAGACAAUCUGUGGCUGAACGCCGGGGACGAGUUCCAGGGGACGCUCUUCUACCAGUACUACGGCGGGGAGAAGAUCGCGGAGACGAUCAACGACCUCAAGUUCGAUGCGAUGACGCUGGGGAACCAUGAGUGGGACGGCGGCGAUCAAGCGCUGGGCGAGUUUCUGCGGAAUCUGACUUUCCCUGUUGUGUCUUGUAAUGUUAAGAGUCAGGUUAAGGCUCUUAAUAGGACGAUUAAGAAUUACCACGUCUUUCAGGAGCAUGGGAUUGCGGUUAUUGGGGCCACGACUCCGACAACGCCGGGAAUAUCCAGUGUCGGCAACACGACUGUCUUCCUUGACCCAAUUCCAGAGGUACAGAAGGCCGUCUGGGAGAUCCGGAAUAAAACAGACGUCAACCGCAUCGUCCUCCUCUCCCAUCUCGGCUACGACGAGGACCAGAAACUCGCCAGCCGAACCGAAGGUCUCAGCCUGAUUAUCGGCGGCCACUCCCACACUCUCCUUGGGGAUAUGGAAGACGCCAAGGGCAAGUACCCGACCAUCGUCGAGGAUAAAAAGGGGCACGAGGUCUUCAUCGUCACGGCCUAUCGCUGGGGUGAGUACCUCGGGGCCAUUGAUCUGACAUUCGACCGCGAGGGCCACGCCCUUGCAUACCACGGUGCACCGAUCCACAUGGACAACAGCACGCGUCUGGACGAGGAGCUCGACGGUAAGAUCCAGGAGUGGGCGGAGGAGUUUGCAGACUUCGCCGCUGAAGUGCUUGGGACAACGGACGCUGUUCUGGUCCAGGAGACAUGCCAGGAGGGCGACUGUCUGCUGGGCCAGGUUAUGGCGGACGCGAUGCUGGAGUACCGCGUGAACCAAACCGAGGGCACAGACGAUGCGAAGGCCGACCUGGCUCUGAUUAACGCCGGUGGUGUGCGCGCUGAGAUCAACGAGGGCGAUAUCACCCGCGGCGAAGUCCUUACUGCGUUCCCCUUUGGCAAUGCCAUUGUCGAGCUGCAGUUCUCUGGAGCAGAUCUCCGUAAGGUGCUUGAGGGUGCGGUGUCCUAUGUCAACCAGUUUAAUAACCAGGAGAUUACCUCGUGGUUCCAGGUUUCGAGGGGUGUGCUUAUCCAGUAUAACCCGCAGAACGAGGCUGGGAGCAGGCUUGUCGAUGUUACUCUCGACGGUGAAGCCAUUGAAGACGGCCGGGACUACCGGGUGGUUACUCUGGACUUCCUGGCAGGCGGAGGCGACAAUAUAUUCGAGGCUACAGAUGACUUUAUCACGCUGGAUACGCAGGAUGAGGUGUUGACACAGUAUAUUGUUGCGCGGACGCCGCUAUCUCCCCGACUGGAGGAGAGGGUUGUGGAAAGCGACGGCAUCUAA